AAAAAGAAAACACAGCAUUUAUCGCUCGAGUUGCAUUUAAAUCUUCCACCAAAUAGAACGACACAAAGAGCCUGGUAGAAACUAUUAUAGGGUUGAAAGAUGCCGAGAAAAAAGGGAAAAGGAAAUAAGUUAGCUCGCAUGAGCGACGAGGAACGCGCUCGUUACUUGCAGCAUCGAGCCGAAUUGGAAUUAGAAGCAAAACGACGCAAGCAACAGCUGAUUGCAGCUUUUACAAAGAACAAGCUAAAACGCGAAGAGGCGUUCUCUCGAUUGAACACCGCGAAAAUCAACGAACAAUGGAGGUUUAUUCUACGACGAAUCAAGUGCAAAGAGCUUCACGAAAACGUAGAAUAUUUGUGGAAGAAUUUCGAUCGCAUGAUGAAGACGAAAGAUUCGAUAAUACAACGCUUGUAUAACGAGCUAGACGCGGCAGAUGUGGAUCACAGAAGACUACAAGAGGCUCAUAUUCAGAUAAUGGAUUUCGUAUUCGGAAAGUACAAGCAAAGAUGCACUCGUCUGUAUGAAUCCUUCGUACGUGAGCGCAAUCAUAUUGUUUUGAACGAAGUGAAAGAAUUGAAUGAAAUACGAAAAAACCUAGAACAACGUUGCGAACAAGUGCAGAGUAUCAUCUUCGAGCAAGACAAGCAGAUAGAAAACGCAUUGAUGCAAACGAAGAUUCAGAACGCAGUUAACACGUACAGCAUCGUGUAUCUGAAGGAGGAUUCCGUAUCGCAUUUGAUGCAAUACACCUCUAACGAGAUUGAGAAAUUGUGGCGGCAGCUGAACGAGACGAUAACCGAGUACGAGAGGAACACGAGAGACAAGAGAAAACAGUACGAAUACUUGAAGGAACAAGACGAUGCUCAUCAUGCGGACGUGGCGCAAUACCCGAGAUUGCACACGCAAUUACAGGGCGCGAUCAAGAACCUCAGGCAGGACACACAAGCGUUAUCGGAGAAACGCGAGCAGACUAUAACGGAACUCAAGGAUCACAUCGUGCGUAUGGGAAAGAAACUUCAGAGUUUGAGACAGGAAUUCUCUAUGGCUCGAAUGUUGGACGCCACACAGUUGAAGAAAUUAACCAUUAUCAGCGCCAGUGUUCUGAAAGAGUUGCAGAGGAUUUCAGAGAAGGGCACGAUGUUGCUUUCGUUGCUGAAGAUGUGUUCGAACUUGGAGCCGUUUUCGUUGACCGUUCAAAGAUACACUUUGCGCGACACAGGAUCUAGGAGAGCUUUCACCAGCUGCAUGUCGGAGCCGUUCGACAAGCUGGAGAAGUUUUGGGAGCAGUACAAUUACAUUAAGGCCGACAACAUAUUUAUGAGAAAGGAGUGUGACAAGUUGUCGUUCGAGAACAAACAAUUGAGGAACACGUUACGCACGUAUCUCAUAACAGUUUCCAGAACUCCGGCUGCACGGCCAUUUGCAUCUGUUAUCGUAUCGUGAAUGUACUCGCAUUCCCAUCGUAUCUAGAGAGAGAAGUUCGACAUUCUUGCACGAGAAUCACUGAAAACAUAUACGUGUUCGGGUAUCUGAAGUGAAACGAAUUUCGUAUCAAUACUUUUCUCAUGAUUAGUAGUCUAAUCUCUUUGUACAUACGACACGCUGGAAAAUCAAGGAGCGGAUAUUAA